GUCCAAACAAAAAACUGAUUAUUGAAUCCCAAGUAAAAAUAAAACAGAAACAGUUUGAUUCCGUUGUUUUACCUAACGGUGGUGUAACGCGUGAUUAUUUAACUCGGCCCUCGCAGGAAAAGUGUAGUUUUCUCCAUGACUAUGGUGGAAUUUGGCUUUUCAGUGUGAUAUGCUGACAAAAACUGACUUUAAAUUUGCGAAAUUAUAUCGAUGCUUCUGUAUGGGUUUAUCUGAUUUAACAUAUUAAGUUAUUGUUUUUGUUAUUGUUAUUUUUAAUGAUAUUUAGACCAGUUAUAAGCAGAACUAGUUAAAUAAUGUCUACUUGUUCGACGCUGAAUAAAGAGCAAUGGGUUUUGCUUUUUUUUGUAUCAUAUUUCGUCACGCCAUCUUCUGGCGAUGCCAUCGCAUCACCCGAAGAUUGGGUGCCCGAUUCUUACAACAUAAAUCGGGAAGACACCACGUUUGUUUCGGCGUUUUUGAAUGUCACGUUUAAGACCGAUCAUGGAUGGAAGUGGGACCAGACAGAAGUGGGCAGAUAUGGCGGCACUUUUAUUGGGGAGCCAUUUGGUCUUCUUAUUCACGUGACGUCAAAACAUCGACCUGACGACCAUUCCGGUUGCAUUUACCCUUUUAACAGUUCUCGAUCGGAUGGAAAACUUCCGCCGCCAGGGACCCCUUGGAUAGCGUUAGUAAAACGAGGUCACUGUAACUUUGACGUAAAAGUUGACAACGCCUUCAGAAGUAAGGCCUCUGGAGUGUUAGUAUACAACGAUCGCGAUUCAUCGGCCUUGGACAAGAUGAGAUUAUUUGAUGAUAAUAAACGGAACAUAAGUGCGGUAUUUAUAUACAAAUGGAAGGGAGAAGAAUUGGCUAAGUUAUCAGAAAACGAUUCAAAUGUCUACGUUCAAAUAACUAUUGCUGGACAUUCGCCGUCUAAGUCUGUUAGUAUUAAUAGGACUUCAGUACUGUUUGUCUCCAUUACCUUUAUAGUUCUUAUGAUAAUAUCCUUGACUUGGCUGGUAUUCUACUACGUGCAGAGGUUCAGGUACAUAAGAACAAAAGUCAAGCUUUCCAGGAGACUGGGAAACGCAGCAAAGAAAGCAUUAUCUAAAAUCCCAACGAGGAAUUUAAAGGCUGACGACAAGGAAAUUCAAGGAGAUGGUGAAUGUUGCGCAGUCUGUAUAGAGCCAUAUAAAAUCAAUGACACUAUAAGAAUAUUGCCUUGUGAGCAUGAAUAUCACAAAAACUGCAUAGACCCGUGGCUACUGGAGCACCGCACCUGUCCGAUGUGCAAGAUGGAUAUCCUGAAGCACUACGGCUUCGUGUUUACGGGUAGUCAAGAAAGUAUUCUACAAAUAGAAGCGUUAGAAGAUCGUAUUAUAGAAAAUUCAAACGUUAGUGAGCCCUUGAGUCUUAGGCAUGGGAGCAUAAGUCCUUUACCGGAAAUAAGGGCAAUUGUGAUCUCUAAUAAUCAGCAUCAAUCCGAGUUCGAUAGCUCGGUGACAGACGAUGAGAGUAGUCGAGCAUCAUCUCCAAACGAAAUGACUCCCAGUCUAUCGACUAAAAACAGCGCCACCCAAGUGUCACCAUCGCAACGCAAAGAUCUUUGCGUCACAUGUGGGGCACCCAGAGAAACUAACUCAUCUUCUCAGUCUUCUUCCGGUCGACCAUUUAACCAGCAAGAUGAAGAUUAGGGAGGCAUGGCAGCAAAAGGCGUAAGCCAUAGUCUUGGAGUUUUUGCGGUAAUAUUGAUCUGACCACUCAACAUAGUAAUGACCAUAUUGUGAUUCUUUUGUUGGGAUUUUUUCCGUUUGUGUUCUUUAUUUUAUUAAGACAAAAGUGUUAUAUUUCUAAGUUAAAAAGGUUUCACAGUGCGCGUAACCACAGCAAAACCAAACAGUUGUGUGUUGAAGUUUGUCGAUUUCUUAAAAAGAUGUAUAGUAGGUAACUGUAAAAAUACCAGGUAUAAGAAUGUUGCUUCGAAAUGUUUUUUUUUUGCUAUCACACAUAUCUAGUUUGAGUCAAUCAUAAUAACUCUAAAUUUGUUUGGUACGUUAAUUUAUUGAGUCGGACAGUUUUUUGUAGGCCAGGCAUUAAAAGUAAUGGCCGAAUAAAUGUACGGAGUGUCUCUGCUUUGGUGAAUAAAAAUGUAUCAAAAAAUGCGUUACAAAGGCUUGCUUUCGCUACUACCAAACAUAAACUGAUGAUAUUUUUUUUAAAUAAUAGUUUUUAUAUUAAUCUAAAUUAAACCUGUUUAGAUUUUUCAAGAUUUAAUAACUACGGAUGGGUUAAGCGGAAUAAACAUUGGCUCAAUUCUAUAAUUAUUUUCUGUUAAGAUAACACAACCACUUAUGGGUAAAAUCUUUUAUGUUUGGUAAAGACCAAAUUUAAGAUAAUUAAUAAUUACCUUUUCUAAUCUCUAAUUAGAAAAAAACACAAUAUGUGUUGUGGUGUGCCCAGUUUAAAAAAAAAUAUUUGUUGAGAUUUUAAAUAGAACUUUAUUUAAUUCAUGUAAUGUGACACAAAUAAUUAUGGACGUUCACAAAAAAUUGAUCCCCUCGAAAAACUUGUUAUUUUAUUGUUAUCAAUUGGUAGGUUUAUCAGUUAGUUGGAAUAUAUACUGAAAGUAGCCGGUAUAGGACCGGGAAAAAAAAAACAUUUUUUUUGUAUAUUACCGACGCCUCGACAAUAUUUUUUUUUGAAGACUAAAAUGUAUUAAUAUUACAUAAAAUUUAUAACUUGAAAAAUGCAUUAACAAGUAAAUAUUGCCUUUGACAACAUACACUUACAGGCAAGCAAAACACUUUUUUAAGGUUAUUAUAUUAAAGUAUUAAAAAAAACUCGAAGAAACUAAAACUCACUCAUCUAAUUUGAAUUAAAAGCUCUUACGUUCACUUGUGUAGUAUAAUAAAACAUGAGAAAUAAACAAUAAAAUGACUCCAUGGCACGUAUAAAACAUGAAUAGCUACAAUUAAGAGCCAUAAAAAAACAAAUAGAUAAAUAAAACUUGUAUGUACAAUGGUAAAAAACUUACUAUUUACUCUGCUACGACGUAGCAACAAAGCACAGUUAGAACACACUAUAUUAUACUGUAUUUUAAAUAAGUAGAGAGUAAUAAAAUUUAGAUUUUCGAGAGUUGUAACUAGUUAAUGAAUAAAGCGAGAAAAAAAAGAAGGGUUCGAACCCUAUAAGAAGGUUACAGGUAAGGGAGGGUUGGGGAAUGGUGCGCAGUUAAGCAAAAAUUGUAUUUGUGGCGAGCCUGUAACAUAUAAAUUAGUUUUAAAAAUAGUAUGAGAUGUAUUACUUAUUAUUGUACAUAUAUGUAAAAUGUAAAAUUAAACAAAAAUAAAAAACAAUAAUUACCCGUCCCGACGGGCAAUGAUGCGCUAGGGUUAGGUACUCGUGCGCAGGAAAUAUCUGUUUUAAAAAAUUAUUUAUUUUUAAAUAUUAACAUUUAAAGUAGUUAAUUUUUUAGUAGUAAUAUUUAAACAGCAGUAUAAAGCCUUAAUUUAAACAGUAGUCGCAGAUGUAAUUUUCUGGAGUAUCAGCAGACGUGCAGGCUGCGUGGUUCCAAGAAGCACACAUAACACAGCGGUACCGUAGUUCUCGAUUUUUGCCAACUUCUCCACAAAUACAACAUAUCUCGUUGGGUUUUGAGAGAGUUUUUGGAGAAGGCGGCAUGAAGUUAAAUUUAUCAAUAUCGUCUAACUCAUCAUCGUCGCAUAUCUCAGACAAUUCAUUUUCCAAUGAAUCAUCGGAUGUCUCAGGUGUGGCCUCUCUCUUUCUUUUUUGUUUUCCUUUAAGUGUUUUUGUAUCUUGUGUUUCUUCUUCAAAACAUUUUCUUAUAGUUUUCUUUCGGAGUGAUUUUCCUUUUUUUUAAGUUUUCUUCUCUUACUCUCUUCUUUUCGUCACCGAUUUCUAGUUCUUAAUUCCUAACCGGAGUGUUUCUAAGGAUUUUUGAAGUGAUAGAAGUUGAUGAUAGAAAGGAAAGAGUUCUCUUUCGAUGUACCUGGCUGAGGAUUGUUAUAGUCAAUUAAAGGUGUUUGUCUAGCCUCUGGCAAAGAAUCCUUUUCUUCUGAUUCAGAACUAUUUGGCAAUGAAACAUUAGCUUCUGGUCUGGAUAAGGGUGGGUGAUUUUCGUCGCUGCUAACAACAGUGCAAUUUGUGUUUUGCCUAGAAGGGGUAAAAUCAUCCUCACUAAAUCUGUCUGGAUUUAGUGGAUAAAUUCCUGAAGUGCGGAACUCUGAGACAGACUCCUCCAUGGUGGCGACUUUCAUGAAUGCUCUGUUUAAUAUAUCAGAUACGUCAUAUUGUUAUUUUUUUUAUGUCCAGAAAUAGAUAAAUGAAGAUCGUAUUCUCUAUAGAGAGCAUUUUUAAGUGGACUAAGAAAAGUUAAAUCCAAUGGCUGAAGACGAUCUGAGAUAUGGGGAGGAAGAGAAACCAUAUUAAUUUUAUUUCCUUUACAAAAAUUAUAAGCCGAAAUCAAAAUAUGGCUUGAAUGGUUGUCUAAAACCAAUAGGACAGGGUCAGAUGCAGUAGGCUUUGCAUUUUUUGCAAAAUGAGACAACCACUCAACAAAUAGCUCAGAGUUAAUCCAACCGUUCUUUGAACAUUUGUACAAGGCACCUAAGAGUCCCAUUUUUUUGCAGAGUUGUUGACAUUCUUACUCGGGGAUAUAUGAGCAUGGGGGGGGAUGUAAUUCCCUGCAGCGCUCAUACAAAAAAUUCCAGUUAUUGUUCCCCUUUCAGCAGAUAUAGCAGAGCCCACUUUUACUCCUCUGGCACCAUAAACUUUCGGACAUUUAGCUUGAACCGUUGUAAUGCCUGUUUCGUCCAUGUUAAAUAUUCUGCUUGGUUGAAAUUUAAACUUUUGCAUAAGAAUCUUAAGAUUAGAAUAAAAUAGCUGUACAGAUUCUUUAUUAAAAGAUAAAAUCCGAUUUAAACUCGUGCCCUCAGGCUGUCGCAGUUUUAUCUCGGGAAAUCUUUUUAGAAAUCCAUAAAGACAUCCUUUGUUAGCUAGUCCCUUUUCCCGAUUAAAGUUGUGAAUAAUAUUAUUUUGUUCUGCAUACCUAAAUGCAAGCCUUCUUAGACCAUCAGGUGUCUACCCAAAAAACAAUUUUGAAAGCAGCAGAACAUAAUCUUUUAAUUCACACUCUAUUUCUUUAGAGAAUACAGUUUUACGGCCCAAUCGAGGUAGUUUAAGAUCAUCUUCCAACAACUUUUUUCUAAGGGUAGAUUCUGCUAUUUUAAAGGAUCUUCCUACUUCCCUAAUUUUUCUUCCGUCGGUCCUUAUAGCAUCUAGGGCUUUUUGCAGGGUUUCCGUCGUAUAAGAAAGGAUAUCAGUCUUUCGUGUGUAAUUUCUAGGCAUCUGAAAACAUUAAAUAGUACUAUUACUUCUUAGCAUUUAAUUACGUGAAGGGGAAUCGUGCACUUACACUGCGCACAAUUAUCCACCGCGCACCAUUACCCAACUCCCCCUUACACAUUGUACCCAUAUUAUUAUGUUAUACUUAGUAUAUAAAUAUAUACUAUAGUAUAGGCAACUUUUAUAAUGCCAUUUUCAAUAUUUUCUUAUCUUUAAAAAAGAUAUAUAAAAAUUAAAAAAGACGUUUUUUUUUUCAUCUGUCCUAUAUCUGCUAUUACCGCUAAAUGAAUCUUAUAAAAAGUACUUAAUAAGUUUUUAAUCUGUAUUAUUAUUGUUUGUAUAUUUUUAUAUUACCCGAUGUAGAAAAGAGUGUUACUUAAUGGUAAUGUCAUAAUUUUAAUGAGGUAUUUCUGGACAGAUUUUAAGACAAAUACUUUAUCAAAAAUAUGAUUUUGUUUCAUCAAUCAUAAUUAAAAUAUCCCUUUCUUCGUAAAACUUACCUUUUGAAAUAAAUUCUUUAAGGGUCGCUCUUUAAUGCUUUUAUUCAGACGCAGUUUAUGGAAAUAAAUUAUUUCUUAAUAUUUUCUCCAAAACGGUUAAUUGUUAACUUACGAUUAAUCUGAUGAGUUUGAAUUAGGCGAUUUUUCUACCGAAAUUUAGCCUAUAACUAACUGUUCAGGGGAUCAUCAAGGGCGCUUCGCCAAGUGUGUAGGAAGGUUUAUUUGUCAGAACUAAAAUCAAUGUGGUACUACUAGGAAAUUUGUUCAAGAUGUAACAUAAGUUUCAAUUGUUACAUAAUGUUCAUCCAUCACAAUUAUUAACACAUUAGAAUGC